AUGUCGCAUCCACAGGGUUAUUUCAUCUCCAGCGCAGCCAAAUGUAUAUCCGAAUUCAAUCAGCUCCGAUCAGGGCCAGAAGCCACCAGACCUAAGUUCAUGAUCUACAAGAUCUCCGAUGAUAACCAAGACAUUGUAGUCGAGGAAACAUCCACGGAAAAAGACUACGACACAUUUCUCCUCAAGCUAUGGGAGUCAGUUGACAAACGUGGCAAUCCGGCUCCACGGUAUGCCAUCUAUGACAUGGAGUAUGAUCUUCCAGGGAGCGAAGGAAAACGGUAA